UUUAAUGGGAGAAGGCGGGAGUAAACUGCAAGGGGGUUAUUGAGAAGGAACGCAUCCGACCGUUGAUGCUGUUGUUCUAGCUAAGGACACAAUUUGAUAUUUAUUUAUCUGUCACCCGGUGAUCUAUUCGGUGUAACGAUGGGCUCUUUCGCGCUGCCGAUGAUCUGUUUCACCACCUUAUGGGCGCUCGUUGGUAUCGUAGCACCCUUUUUCGUGCCCAAAGGACCAAACCGAGGGGUUGUCAUCACUAGUUUGAUCUUGACAGCUGUUUGUUGCUGGUUAUUCUGGCUGAUAGCGAUCCUAGCCCAGGCCAACCCUCUGUUUGGACCUCAGCUGAAGAACGAGACCAUCUGGUACCUCCGCUACUUCUGGGAGUAACACCAGGGUUGGGUUCUCUUUGAUGCCCCUUUGGCCACAUAUCUUCAUUCACUUCAUCCAUCCUGGACUGGAUUCCUCUACAACUUGACUCCUGAACCCCCCUGUUCCCUCCUCUUUACCUCCCCGGCUACAUUCCUACAUCCCUCCAUCCCAAUGUCUUUCUUAUGUCACUGCAACGUUGUCAGAAUGUUGUGCAUCGCCAUCGGAACCUGCAGCAGUCAAGUCAGAUGGGAGAGAAUCUUAAACAAUCAUGUUCUAAUGUUGGGAUCAAAUCUGUGAGAAUAUAGAUAAGUGAUGUAUAAUACUUCGUAGAUAGAAAAGUAUAUGACACUAUAUAUGUAAGGAUUAUACGAAACAUAUAUGUAUGUCAUCAUGCUGCUGAUGUUCCAACGUGUUGUAGAAUGCAUGCAUAAUUCUAUUUAUUGGAUAGCAGGUAUGAAAGUAAUAUGGAAUAUCAAAUGAUAUAAUAUCAUUUUAUAUGUUACAUAUAAUCCUUACAUGCGAGAUAUGUUAUUAUAUUUGAGAAUAACAAUGUAUUUGUUUUGAUAAUGCACUGGAAGGCAUAGCUCACACUGACAAACUUGAUAUUAUCAGGUAUAUUAUAGAUGUCACUCUCGCAUCUCUAGCUACAGUUAAAACGUGGCAUCUUUGAGGUUUAAGUUGACCUGUUAUUGUUAUUGUUUACAUUUCCUGUACAUUGUGUUAUUAUUAUUAUUAUUAUUAUUAUUAUCAGAAAGUCUUCAUUUAAGUUUAGUAUUGAUUUUUUACUGACAUCCUGGCUCUUACAUAAGUUGACUGUUAUGUUAUGUGGAGGCAGUGUCUGUAUUAUGUUACUAUGAUGAUUAUUGUUGAGUCAUUCUGUGUGUAAAUACUAGUACAUUACCAGGAGUGGUUGGCUGGCCGACGGCCAUGAGAAACUACACUGAAGAGCCCCACUCCAUUUUAAGCGCGUCAACCACCAGUACAACUCCUUACGCUAUCCUCUCUCCUUUCCCAUCGUCGCUCUCCGGGAUCGUUAUGGUCCUCCUAGGGUUGCAAAAUUCCAGUAACUUUCCCCAAAUUCCCUGGUCAGAAAUCCUGGUUGGAGGAUACCCAGAUUUCCUACGUAUUCCCUUUUGAUUCCAAGAAUCUCCCUACUGGGAUUUCUAGAAAACUUGGGAAUUUGGGAAAAUUUCCUAGAAUUGUUCAACCCUAGGUCCUCCUGGUUUG